AUGACGGCCGUGACAAUGAAAGACCUGACGGCAGAGCUCCGAGCGCUGCAGGCCAAGACGCACGUGGAGGAGCGCGACUGGCGCGACCAGUCGUGUAAGCUCUUUGAGUUCGAAGACAAGUUCCUCCGCGACACGCUACUCGAGGGCAAUAUCCUCACGGGGUGGGGGGAGCCCCGCACAGCGCCCGUGCGGUUCCGCAACGCCGGCGUGCGAAAGCGGAAGCGCGAGCGCAUGGAGGCGGCGGCCGAGCGGGCGGGGAAACCCGUGGAGCCCGUGGCGGCCACUUGGUCGCCCGAAGAGCAGCUGAAGAUCGACCGCCACCGUCUGGCCUCCUAUUCGUCCAUCCGGUCGCCUGCAGAGCCGCUGUACGCGACGUUGGCCGAGCGCGAGCGGAAGCUGAUGGACGGGAAGAGCAAAAAGAUAAAGAGAGUUGCGGCCAAGUGA